CUGGGAAUCUCGCUCCUCUGCUCUUUUGACUCUUUACACCAAACCACCACAUUCGUUCAUCUCCCCCUUCAGUUACGAUGGCAUCUUGGAAACUGGCGGCGGCGUUUGCCCUCGUGGGGUUCCGAGCCGUCGGAGCUCAAGACUGUACAUUUGACUCGAUCACGCCCUCCCGAGACCUCGUCUGGUGUCCCUGUGAAGGCUCAUUCUUCUGCGCCAAGCUCGAUGUACCUCUCGACUACAAGGACCCAAGCCUCGCCAGAGCCUCCGUCCCCUUACUCAAGAUUCCCGCUGCCAGCGAAUCCCCAGACGGCCCCUACCGAGGCGCCAUCCUCAUCAACCCGGGCGGACCAGGUGCAUCCGGCAUCGAGCUGGCGCGCUACAAUGGCACCACAGUCCAAGCCGCAGCAGGCUCCAACUUUGACAUCAUAGGCUUCGAUCCUCGCGGCGUUGGGAUCAGCGAGCCCAGGCCCAAUUGCUCAACAGGCAUUUCGAUAGGCAAGAAUGGUCCACUUUCCGGACGAGAUGCCCCGCGGGUGGUUGAUGGGUACUACCAGCAAUUCAUCGACUUUGGCAAGGAGCUCGGAGAAAAAUGUCAAGCUCAGGCUGGUGCUGAUACCGAAGCUGGUCCGCAUAUGACGACUGCUGUUACUGCGCGCGAUAUGCUUAGCAUUGUUGAAGCCUUUUCGGCUUCUCCUGACGGCAACCGGACGGUACUUGACUCUAGUAAGCUAAACUACUACGGUGUGAGCUACGGGACCAUGCUCGGUCAGACAUUCGCGUCAAUGUUCCCUGAUAAGGUUGGCCAUGUUGCCAUCGAUGGACUGGUUGAUCCGAUCAGCUACCAGACGAACUUCACCUCGCGCUCCAUCAACCACGUCGACGGCGUUUUGGGAGCGUUCUUCGUGUACUGUCAUGCCGCAGGCCCGGAUCUCUGCUCCUUAUACACAGGAAACACUCCAAAGGAUAUUUUUAGCCGAUGGAAUGCUUCGUUCACGCAGCUCGAUGCUCAGAAGGCUGAGGCAGAGAGCUGGGCGAACGCAACUGACAUUGGUCUGGCACUUGUGACCUUCAAAGUCAGCGUACUUAGUGCGGUGGUGCAACCGCUGGCCGAGUUCAGCAGAAUUUCUGACGUCUUUGUUGCCUUGGAGAAGGCCAUCUCGUCCAACUCCAUCGCUGCGUGGACAGAGCAGACUAACGCCAUCUACGGCGACCCGAAUUUGGAGGGAUACGUGAACCCCGAACAGACUCUUGGCGUCCUGUGCUCUGAUCAGAGCAAUACCUGGUAUGGGAAGUCACUCGCAGAUAUAAAACCUCUGUUGGACGUCCUGAAGGACACCAGUAUCGUGGGAGAAGUCUGGUCCAGGGCGAUGCUCGCAUGUCUCGACUGGCCCAUCAGAUCCAAUGACGUCUUCAAGGGUCCGUAUGGAGGUAACACCUCGUACCCGAUGCUCUUCGUCAGUAACACGUACGAUCCUACGACGCCUAUUGAGAACGCCAUCUCGAAUGCGCCUAAGUAUGCCAACGCUAGAAGACUUGUCACUGAUGGCAUGGGUCACACCACUGUCGCCACGAACAACAUGUGUGCGUUCGCCGCCAUUCGAUCUUACUUCCAAGACACCAUGUGUGGCAAGGAACACUACUGUCCUUUGGAACUGGGUCCGUUCAACGUUCAGCUGAACGGAACGAUUAAGGAGAACCUUGAGGCUGUAGGACUAUCUAACCUGCGCAGCCUUUACUGAUGUGCUUGAACAUAUCUCGUUUCUUCGGGGCUUACCUCCAUGGUCCGCUGAACAUACAUGGGAACAUUGUCCUCACGUACAUAUUUGCGAAUUUCGCUUCUCUUCUGCCAUCCCCUUGGAAAAGGCAUCAUCAUUGGAGGUAUUUUACACUCAAACUUUUUGAGUAGAAAAUAACUUCCAGACGAAGUUGAUUUUGGAAAAUGCGCUGGCGUGCAUAACUAAUUGCUCAACUCGUGCACUCCUAAAUACGAUGGACCCAAAACGUAAUAAUGAGCGCUUACAACUCCAAGCUGCCAACAGAACGAAUCAUACAACGGUCGUCACUCUGCAAGAACAUUAAACUGGACCAGCCAUGUUUUACAAUGAGUGUCUCUGUCUAACAUGCCUC